GCACAUACUCAAAGUUCAAACUUCAUUUCCUUCAUAUAUAUAUAUUUUAUUUCCUCUAUUCAAUUUCACUUCAAAACCACAACCACAUAUACAUAGCUCAUUUUGCAAACUCCAUCAUUCUUUCAUCUCCCAAUAUCACCCACAAAAACAAAAACAAUAAAUGUACGGAAACGACCACAUACCCGUUCACCAUGUCCCAGGUUCACGCCCGGGACCACACCCAACACCGAAGCCCAUAAAGCGCCAUCAUUCCACCAAAUACUACCUCCAACGGGUUCAAGAUAGCCUCACAACCCGUGCUACAAAAAUGGUAUGCACUGUUUUCUUGAGCCUUCUUGCAAUCAUUGGACUCAUCACCUUCAUCGUUUGGCUCAGCCUCCGUCCACAUCGGCCUAGGUUUUUUAUGCGUGAAUUCACCUUAACGGGUCUGGCACAACAAACUGGGUUCGGAAAUGCCCAAAUAGCCUACAAAGUAGACGCCCGAAAUUCCAACCAGAAUAUCGGAGUUUACUACGAAGCUAUGGAAGGGUCACUUUAUUACAGAAAUAAUGUAAUCGGGUCGAUGCAUAUACCUUUUCCAUCUUAUCAAGGGCCAAAAAACACCACAAAAGUGAACGGUGUUUUCAAUGGGGCCACAUUGACCGUUAAUAGUCAAGGUUGGUCAGAAAUCCAGAAUGAUGGGGCUGAUGGUACGGUGAUGUUUAUUUUGGAAUUGACUACUGUGAUUAAAUUUAAGAUAUCCUCAUGGGAAAGCCAGCGCCACAGGAUGCACGCAACCUGUGAUGCGGGUGUGGGAUCUAAUGGCACCCUCUUAUCUAUUUACAAAGAUAAGAGGUGCACGGUUGACUUCGCUUAAGGAGACUGUUGUGUGUUUCCAUGUCACACACAAAAGAGCUUGAAAUUUCACUAAUUUGUCUUUGUAAUUGAUUAAUUUCCUUUUCUUUAUCUAUCGAAACUUUUUUCCUUACCAUCCAA